UCACGCUGUUGUGUCCAGGAUUUAAAAGUAGACUCCUCGGUUUUCUUAACAUGAACUGGGAUAAUCAGCUGAACUCAGUCCUGUCAGUGGCAGAUGGAAGCGUGUCAAAGAUGAGGGAGAGACUUGUCUCACCGGGGAAAUUCUCUAAAGGACAUGAUUUGUUUCCUGUAAGAGAGAGAAUUCAUGAUUUAGAUUUGGACCCUUCUCGAGUCCAUUGUCUCUGCCAGCCUUCCUCAUCCCUCAGUUCGGGUGUGCAGUGGGCAGAUGUGGCUGCUGUCCAGUCACAGCUUCAGAUACAGGGUCAGGCAAUUGAGUCCCUGACUCAGAAGCUCCAUCUUAUGGAAAGAGAGCGACAGUCUCAGCAGUGUCACAUUAAGACACUACAAGAGGAGGUCCACAAGCUGCGUGAGGAGUUGAGGGAGAUGGAGCAAGAGAGGGAUGAAGCAAGGAGGGGGCAAAGCCCAGGAGCAGAGAGGAGGAUGGAGCAGUGGAGACGAGAGGUUGAACGUGAGCUGAGCAGUUUGCGAGGACACAUCACCAGGGUCACGUCGCUAGGCAACCUGGACGAAAGCUUCAACUUAAAGCUCUGCCGAGAGGAGCUGGAACACCUACAGAGAGAGGUGGAUCAACUGAAAACACGGCUAAGGAGACAGGAGGAGGACAUGUUUCUCCAGCAUGCAGAGGCCAGAGAGAGCAGGAGACAGUACGAACACAGCUGCAAGAGUCUGGAGGGACUGGCCGACAGAUACAGGACACACAGCUCUGAUCUGGCCAAAUCCCUCUCUGAAUGUUCUCUCGCACAGCAAGACGUCCACCAGCUCAGAACAGCUUUGUCAGAAGUGAAGGAUGAGGUCAGGAGUCUUCUACUCAGAGAACGCCAACCCACAGCUUUGGUGUCAGAACACACUUUGGCUCCAGGAGCCUCACAGGUUCCAACACUUCAGAUCCAAAGCAGAGGCAUCAAAGCAGAAGAGAUAGAAUCUGACUUGGAGGAUUUCAGUCCAACCCCGAGCCUGGCUGAGGUCAGCUCAGAUGACCUCUCAUGGCUGGAUGACAAAGACACUGUUCUGCAACAGAAGCCACGAGCACGCCUCAGCAUUCAGUCCAGGCGAAGUGAUUUUGCUGGUCUGGGCAGUGAUCAAGAAGAGGACGAUGGCGAAAAUGAUGGUGAUGAUCUGUUUGAUGAUGAUGUGAACCCAGAUUCGGGUUCUGAUCUAAGUCUCAAUGACCUCUGACCUUUUAAGAUUCUGUGAUUACAGUUAAAAGUAACUCACCAACAUACUGUGAGGACGUUUAGUCCUCCAAUAAAUGACCUGGGAGGUAUCAUUAAAGUUAUUUGAUGUUAUUAGAACAAUUUGUACUUGAAAAGCAAAAACUUAAAGGCUUAGAAUAUUGCCAGAGCCAUGUUGCAAAAAUAACAGCAGAAGUCCCACAACAAAAAAGGCAAAUGACCACAAGUAAUCAACAAAUUCUACACACUGUCAGUAUCGUUACCAGAUGUGGAUGUGUACAGCGGGAUAUUGGCUUUUACAUUGCGGAAUUCUCUCUCUUUAAAGGAAUAGCUCACCCAGUGAAUGUAUAUGGACCCUACUUUGGAACCCAUUUUUGUGAAUUUGCCAGUUCGUUUUUCCAUAAAUUGGGGUGUUUUUACCCUGUUAAUUGUGAGAGAAACAAUGACUGUGGAUAUUUUGUUUGAUCAGAGUUGCAGACAUCACACGUGUGUUGGCUGCUGGACCUGUGCUGUGGCAGUUUUGUAUACAAAAUAAUGAGUGGUGAAUACACUUGACCGAAUUGCCAUAUUCUGGGAUGACAACAGAGGUGUAUAAUGUAGUUUAUUUAUACAGCACCAAAUCAGAACAUAAGCUGUCUCAAGGUGCUUUAGAGGGUAGGAUUAGGCCUCACUCAUGGCCUAAUCUUACCCCCUGAACAAGCACAUUAGCAACAG